UCCCUUACUUUGCACCACUACAUCUCGCAUUGCUUGAUCUUACUACUACUUCUAGUUCUUGAUUUCCCCCUUGUGUGAUUGAGAGAAUCUUAGCAAUGGCCUCCUCAAAGGUCAUUCUUCUCCUCGGCCUGGCCUUCGUCGCGGUCGUUCUCAUCUCAUCUGAGGCGGCCGCUGCUCGUGAUCUCGCUGAGACUGACGACUUCGGUGGACAUGGUGGAUACGGACAUGGCGGGGGCAAAGGCUAUGGCGGGGGCAAAGGCUAUGGCGGUGGACGCGGUGGCGGCGGGCGCGGUGGCGGCGGGCAUGGUGGCGGCGGGCACGGCGGGCACCCUGGCCAUGGUGCAGCGGAGGAAACCGAAGGCUAUGGCGGCGGGCACGGUGGACACGGCGGGCACGGUGGACACGGCGGGCAUGGUGGCGGUGGGCACGGCGGGCAUGGUGGUGGUGGGCACGGCGGGCACCCUGGCCACGGUGCAGCGGAGGAAACCGAAGCCGGGAACUAAUAAAUAAGUAUGAGACAAAAAUUUCCAGCUCCAUCUAUGAGAAAUCAUAGGAGUGAUGGAAGUUGGUAUUAUGUGCUGAGUGUGGGUGUUACGUAUGUAGUUUCAUGAAGGCCUUUGUAUGGUAAAAUAAGCUCUGUAACGCCAUUGGCAUGCAUGGAGACGGUCUACUGAAGUAAUUAAGGCCUUCAAUAUUAAGCUCUCGUUAGCACUUCCUUUUCUUUUAGUGAUGACUCAGUCCCGGACAUGAUACGAUGAUAAAUCCGAGAAUUAUGUAAUUAGUCCAUGAAGUGCUCAAAUUUUUCUUGUUCA